CUUAUACUUCUCUCGACGUGUCACAUACUCUCUCCUUCAGACGAAGUCCUUCUCCUUCUUCUAAAAAAAAGUACUCUCUCCUUCUCCAGUUUUUUCUUCUUCUUCUUCCUCCUCUUUACUUCUUCGGAUCUUCCUCUUCUGCUAGACGAGAGACGACCUCGCCAUCUAAUCCUCACAUUCGCUCUUCUUCAAGACCCUCCAAUCUCAAGGCUUCGACCUCGAUUUGAAGCUCGUCGGCGAUCCCAAGAUCGGGUUACAGAGAUAUGGCCAGUACACCUAUGACGCCUCGAUUUCAAGCUCGCCGACGAUUGCAAGAUCGGGUUUUUGCAGAAGAUACGGACCUAAUUCUCAAAUCUGUAGUUUCUCUCUGAAAUUUCAGAUUCCGAUCACCACCCAAAUUCAAGAUUUGAGGGAAAUGGUGGCCAUUAUUUACAGAAACAAGAAACAGGGGAAAGUGGGUUCAGCACGGAAGUACAAGCAUAGCUGUGUUUCUGGGUAUCAACGCAUGAUUUGUACAUAUCCAGAAGAAGAAGACGAAUAAGAAGAAGAAGGAAAAGGAAAGCGAGAAGAAACAAUGGUGAGAUAGGAUGGGAUCUUUGGCCGUCUAGAAACAAUGACGGAGACCCAGUUUUUCAAAGUCUGAUAAGGAUUGCAUUGACAAGUAUGUGUCUGCUCCCUAAAAGACAGAAAAAGUAAUUUCCCUUUCCAGUCCUUGAUCAAUAUUCAAUAUUCCGAUCCUGACUUGGACCUACCUAAAGAAGGGGAUCCAUGGUUUCAGUUUGAGUUACAAUUCCUCAAUUCCUCAUAGAAUCAGUAGAGAUAUUGCAGUACCGUAAAUUCUUGUUCUUGGUUUUCUUGAUUGAAGAAGGUGCCUUUGAAGUGAAUUGCAUAAAACAAGUAUUUGGGCCCGAAAGCCCGGCCCGAAAUGAAAUGGGCCGGUCCCUGUUGAUUGCAAAACGGGCUUUGGGCCCGAACAGUAAAAAACGGGCCGAUCUCGGGCCCAGCAAAAUUUUAGUUUAACCCGACCCGUGCCCAGCCCUACUCAAAUCCAUGAACCAAACAUGACCUAAGUUCUGUAUGAUCGCAUCCUAGACUCCAAUGUACCGUUGCAAACAUCAUGAUUCAAAAAACGGUUUUCAGGUUUAAACAUUUUACUAUUUCAUGAAAAUCAGUGACCAAUCAGAAAAUACCACGUCAUUCACAAACCGUUACAUCAAAGCUGAGUGGUCAAACCAUAAUUGGCUCACAGAACUGGCGGGGGACCACAUCGGCUGUAUCCACACGUGUCACACCAACCCCGACCGAAUUUUCACAGCUGAGCAGCAUAUGGGAAUCAAAUUUGCUCACCAUGGGGUUAAUGGUGGUGAUACCACCAGCCAAUCAAAAUCUGCCAUGUAUGUUACCUCAUAACCAUAGGUUAACUAUGGUUAACCUUUAAUAAUAUAAAACUAAUUUCCAGAUUAUUCAUUAAAUAAUCACACACUAAACCUUUUUGUCUUCUACUUGCUCUGACUUUUCUUUUUCUGCUACCAAUGUCUUCUACGGUUCUACCAUCAUCUUCUUUAUUUCUUUUUUCUCCAGUCCACUCUCCUCUCACAGACGUUAAGUUCUUCAUCUUCUUUUUUUUUUUUUUUUUGGCUGAUUGGUUCUUCAUCUUCUGCAUAACCUAGAAUUGAAAACGGUAAGCUACUAUGCUCUCCACCUAUAUUUUGUUUUAUUUGUACUUGUCUUUACACUGUAGCACUUUCUUUCUCUCAACCUUUCUAUCCGCCUGAACCUGUUUUAUCCAGAAAAAUUGAUAAUCAUUUAUUCAAAAAAAGAAAAGAAAAAGUGAUGAUCAUUUGAUUGUUUUUGGAAAUAAACGUAAUCCAUAAACGUAUUGACAUAAUUGUUUUAGUUAGAUUGACAGAGUGCAUAGUAAUUGGGACACAAGCCUACACCACCAAAUUCAUGGAAAAUAAAGACGAUGAAUCUUGUUAUCAGCAUUGUAGUAACACUGAGAAUGAGCAAAGAGGAUGUGAAGAUGAUGCAAUUGAUGGUGAGACUAAUGAGGAACCUGAAUAUGAUACUCAAGAGGCCAGUAGCGAUACUCAAGUGCCCAGUGAUGAUGAACACGUGGAUUCUGGUUUAGAAGGUUUAUGUAUCUUGGAUGGUAAGAAGCAAGCAGGAGGUGAGAAUAUCCCAGUUCUUGGUAUGAGUUUUGAAAGUGAUCAAGAUGCAUAUGACUAUUAUAAUUCAUAUGCUAGAGUUGUUGGGUUUAGCGUGCGAAGGCUGAGAAGCAACAAAUAUAAGCAUACUAAUGUGACAUGGAAAAGAGAAUUUUGUUGCUCUUGUGAAGGAUUCUAUACAAAAAAGAACACUCCAGAGAAGAAAAGAGAAGAAAGAAGAUUCGGAUGUAAGGCAAUGCUUCAGAUCAAACUAAAUGAAGAUGGGAAAUUUGUUGUCACAAAGUUUGAAGCUGAGCAUACCCAUGAUCUUGUUCCUGAAUCAAGUUCACAUGUCUUAAGGUCACAAAGAACCAUAGAACCUUCUCAAGGUGGUUUGAUGAAUCAAAUGCACUUUGCAGGGUUCAAACCAUCACAGAUCUUUUCAUACCUGACCGUCGAAGCAGGAGGACCGGAAAAUCUAAAUUUCCUUCAGACCGAUUGCAAUAACUUCAUUCAAAGAAGGCGGGCAAAGUUUUUGAAAAAAGGUGAUGCUCAAUGUUUGCUUGAUUACUUUAAGAAGAAGCAAAUGGAGGAUAAGUCAUUUUUUUAUGCAAUUCGAACAAACAUUGACAAUGAAAUAUGUGGUUGUUUUUUUUGUGAUGGAAAAUCAAGGAGUGAUUAUGCUAUAUUUGGUGAUGCGGUUGUCUUUGAUACAACCUUCAAAACCAACAAGUACGACAUGGUUUGUGCUCCAAUUGUUGGAGUUAAUCAUCAUGGUCAAACAAUUCUAUUUGGCUGUGGGUUAUUAGAUGGGGAGACCACAGAUGCAUGCAAAUGGUUCUUUGAUGUUUUCCUACAAGCUAUGGGAGGAAAAAAACCAAAGACAAUAUUUACAGAUCAAGCUGCAUCGAUUGCUAGUGCAAUUAGGGAAGUACUACCUAAUUCUCACCAUCGUCUUUGUUUGUGGCACAUAUAUCAAAAUGCUGCAAAACACUUGAGUCAAGUCUUUACGAAGUUCUCCACAUUUUCACAAGCUUUCAAAAGUUGCAUAUAUGAUCCAGAGAGUGUUGAAGAGUUUGAAUCAAGUUGGAAAGAUCUACUUGAUUAUUAUGAUUUGAAAGAAAAUGAGUGGCUAAAAGACUUGUAUAACUUGCGUGAGAAGUGGGCACAAAUUUAUGGCCGAUGCAACUUUUGUGCAGGUAUGACAACAACUCAGAGAAGUGAAAGUAUAAACAAGACUUUGAAAAAGUUCUUUUAUAAGAACCUUAUUCUUUGUGAGUGGGUGGUACACUAUGAGCGUGCUUUAGUUGAUCGAAGAGAAAAGGAGAGGCUCGCGGAAGUUGCAACUACGCAAAGAAAGCGAAAACUUCUGUCUAAUUGGAAAGUGGAGGUUGAAGCAACAAAGAUGUACACAAAAGCGAGUUUCAAUUGUUUUCAAGAAGAGUUUCGAAAAUGUUUGGACUUGGUACUGGAAUUAGAGAGUGAUGACGGGAGAAUAGAAACAUAUGUGGUUCAAAGACCAGGGAAUCCAAACUUGAGAAGGUCAGUCAUCUAUUCCCCUUCAAAUCAGUCAGUUAAUUGUAGUUGUAAGAGAUUUCAGUUUGAAGGGAUUCUUUGUGCACAUGCAUUAAAAUUAUUCCGUGAGUUAGGCUUGUCAACAUUACCAUCCAAGUACUACUUAAAAAGAUGGAGACGAGAUGCUAGACAAGGAGUUGAUCUUGAAUGUUAUGGGGAAGCAAAUUUUAGUGAUCGGAGCGCAUCUUCUGCACUCCAAUAUAGUCACUUGUCUCAUAUAGCACAAAGAAUUGUAGCAAAAGGUGCAAAGGAUAAGCAAUCAUCCACCUUGGUGGAGUCUAAAUUGCUGGAGUUGGAGGCAGAAUUGGAUGGCAAUUUAUCCAUUGGACAAGAACAUGAAACAAAUGGUGAUAUAGAUUCAGACGAUCAAGUGAAUGAAAAUAAUGCAAAUCUGGUUUUGCGUGAUCCAAAAGUUAAGAGGCGUAGAAGGAGUGGCAAAGGUAAGAGAAAUAAUCCUUAUGGAAUCUAAGAAGCAAUCAAAAACGAGAUCUUCAUCAGUGCGGCAAGAACAAGAGGAUGGUCCAGUACCCCUUAAAGAACAAAAUGUCUCUGUAUCAAAGAAAAGGAAAGCUCCAUCUAAAAGAAAAGAUUCUCAGGAACCCAGCUCAUAUGAACAUGAGAAGACUGGCCCUUCAAAAUCAUAUGAACAUGUUCAGGGAUCAAUUAGAUUGGUUAAUCAAAAUCAAUCAAAUAUGCCCUUCAUACAUCCUGGAUUUCCAACAACUUUUGGUGCUCAAGGCAUUCCCUCGCAUUAUCCUUAUGGAUUUCCACCAACAACUUCUAGUGUACAAGCAAUGCCUAAUCAAUCACAUGACAUUCCCUCGAAUUAUCCUUAUGGAUUUCCACCAACAACUUCUAUUGUUCAUGCAAUUCCAAGUCAAUCACUUGGUUACCAACCUAUUCGUCCAAUGUUUGAUUAUUCACUUAUGUAUUCACAGGCUAUCAUCCAACCAAGACCUCAAGGACCAGCUCACCAACUGAAUUUUCCAGAUCCAUCGACAUCUUAAGCACCAAUAUUGCAGCUAGCUAGAAUUGAAAAGAAAAGAAGUUUUGAAGCCAUUUUAUGAGUAGCUGGUCUGUUUUUUUUAUUUGUAGUCUGUCUAUUGCUUCUAUCAAACUAUUAAAGUGAUAGAGGAAUUUAUGUAGAAGUGAAUGUACAUUCAACUUGGAUGUUUUCUUAAUUUCAUUUAUCAAGCUACCUAUUUCAUUUUGAUCUGGCAAGUUAUCAUUUUUGAUGAAUAAUAAUUGAAAAGAACAAAUGUUGUUUUUAUGUUA